AUGGCGAUAGCAAAAAUACUAUCAUCUCUGGUUACAUUUCCUACACCGUUUUUAGACAGCGUUCGUUAUAAUCUCAAUGAUAUGACCAUUGUAUUUUUAGUUCGUGAUGUUUGCACACAACUGAAUGCGAUUACAGAUGGCCACGUACUAAAUAAAUGUAAAAAAUCAAGUUGUCACAAACGAUAUUGUGAAUGUUACGAAUCACGAGUACCUUGUACUAGUUUAUGCAAAUGUAUUGGUUGCAAAAAUACUGAACAAUCAGUACAUCCUCUUAAUGUUGGUUUCUACCGAUCGGGUCAACCAAAAACAACAACACAAACUCCACUUGAUCAAAUACCACGAACAGGACCUCCAACAGAAACUACUAUUCCCAAUAAUGUAUUUAACAUGGAAGUAACUGAAGCAUUAGCUACUUGUUUACUUGUUACUGGUCAACAAUGUGAAAUGAAUCAAAUGAAUGAUCUCGAUUCAAAACAAGUUAUUCUUAAAGAAUUUCAACGAUGCAUGUAUCAAAUUGUACAAUCAGCACUUGGACGACCUCCCACAUCAUCAUUGUUCAACUAA